ACAGUGCUUUAGUGCAGCGGAGCCAAAGAAAGAUCCAGUCAUGAUUUGGGUACUUUUAUCAUUUUUCAUGUUGUGUGUAGCUGGGAACAGGACAGCGGACCUUGUGCCGUUCUUUCAUGGACAUGUUUUUGAGAACUCCCCUCCUGGCUCGCGGGUCAACGGACUCAGCGUGCCGUUAAAGCGGCUGAACCCGAACCGGCCGUGCGGCACCGCGGAGAGCGGCUCAGCGGCGACGCACUUCAAACUCUUGGGUGAAGGCGGCGAGAAUUUCCGCGUCUUUGCGCACCACAAACGGGGGCACGUUUUACUGAAGACUUCCCGGGUUUUGGACCGGGAGGAGCGGGCUGAGUACGCUCUGGGUCUGGGUUUGUGCUGCGGUCAGUGCGCCGAGCUCCCCUCCUGGGACGCAUCUGAACUUGUAGACGAGGUCGCGUCCAUCAAGGUGGACGUUCUGGACACCAACGACCACCAGCCCACUUUCCCUAGUUCCGACGUGAAGCUGAGUCUGGAUGAUGCCACCGCGCUCCGAAACGCGGUGUGCUCGUUCAGCGCGCGGGACGAUGACAGCGGUAAGAACGCAGAGCUCAUUUACUUCACAGAGCCCAGGAACGGGACUUUCUAUGCGGUGCCCAAAACGGGGGACAUCCUCCUUGUGGACUCCAUCCUCGGUCUGGAUGAACCGAUAAAGUUUCAAGUUUUUGCGCGGGAUCGCGGGUGGCCCCCGCGCACUAGCCAAGGCAUCUCAGUGGAAAUAAACCCCCGGCAGUGGCCCGUGGCUCCCUCAAUGACUCCCCAACCCGGAGAGAGGAAACUAAACCCGCAAAGUGAUGCGGGAGCGCGAAGGUCCAGGUCCGUGCCGGAAUCAGACAGCCCCGUUUUCAUCAGCGUGUCCGAGGACGCGGGGAUCGGUUCGGUGGUGAUGAACCUGAACCCUGUCAGGUUCCAGUCGGCCACGUUUGAGCUGGUGGAGCCGGACACGGAGAGCUGCCCCGUGAGUGUGAGCCGCGACAGCGGGGAUAUAGUCAUCCUGCGGAGACUGGACCGGGAGACCGAACCUCUGCUGGAGAUCACCGUCAGGGUGCAGGAUAAAAGAGGUCCCGAGUGGUACUUGAUCAGAGUGGAGUUGACUGUGACUGAUGUAAAUGAUAAUGUCCCAGAAUGGAGCAUGGUUCCUUCACCCUACCUGGCAGUGGUUCUCCCUGAUGCUCCUGCAGGAUCAGUGGUGUACAGACUCAGUGCUCAGGAUGGGGAUGAAGGCAUCAACGGGGAAGUGGAGUACUUCCUGUCUGAUGGUGGUGAUGGUCGCUUUGAAGUACACAGAAAGAGUGGCCAGGUCCAAACGACAGGCCUCCCUCUGCAACAGGACAGGGAGUACCUGCUGACAGUGGUGGCUGCUGAUGGGCUCAGCAGUCGUAGUGCUCCUGCUGUUGUGUCUGUAGUUGCUGGAGCCCGGCCACCACAGUUUGUUAAUGCUUCCUUUACAAUCGCCAUACCAGAGAACACUCCUGAAGGACAAACCUUCUUGGUGACACCUGCUGUGUCUUUUCAAAAGAAACCAAUCAGCUACAGCCUCCUCAUCAAUCCCAGCAGUCUCUUCUCCAUUUCAGCAGAGACAGGUGAAAUCAGCCUGACCCGCUCUAUCGAUUACGAGAGUGACCAACAUCGAUACUUGCUAUUGGUGCGAGCCAGCGAGGGCCAGGACAGCAUGAGCAGUGCAGCAGAGGUACGAGUUGUAAUUGUUGAUGAAAACGACUGCGUUCCAGAGUUUCUACAGUCGAUUUACAGCAAGGAUGGCGUACCAGAGACUGUUACAACCGCAACCUCCUUGUUGCAAGUGUCAGCCAGUGACUGUGACUCGGGAGCGAAUGCAGAGCUGACCUAUUAUACCAUGAGUCCAGAUUUCACCAUUUCCCCUCAUGGAACCAUCUUUCCAGCGGGGCCUUUGGACUACGAAAGACCCAACCACCUGUAUGAGUUUGUCAUCAUGGCCAUUGACAAAGGGGAGAUCCCUCGCACAGGCACGACAACGGUACGGAUUAGAAUGGCCAAUGUCAAUGACGAGUCACCCGAGUUCUCCCAACACAUAUACCGAACCUUUGUUUCUGAAGAUGCAGGCCCCAACACACUCGUUGCCACUGUGCUUGCAAAGGACCCUGAUGGAGAUGGGAUCACAUAUAAAAUUACCACAGGAAAUGAAGAAGGCAAUUUUGUCAUUGACAGUCAAAAAGGUUUGAUCCGUCUGCGCUCCAGCCCACCACCUCGCCUGCAGGGUGUUGAAUAUGUCCUUAAUGUUACCGCCACUGAUGACAACGCCUCAGGCGGACCUCAGGCGUUGUCAUCCACAGCCCAGGUCAUAGUUGGUGUGGAUGAUGUGAACAACAACAAGCCUGUCUUUGAGAAGUUUCUGUUUUCAGAUGUUAAUGACAAUGUCCCAUUUUUCACCUCUUCCAUCUAUGAGGCGUCAGUGACUGAAGGAGCAGAAUCAGGAACUCUGGUUUUCCAGGUUUCUGCCAAUGACCUCGACUUAGGUCCUAAUGGAGAGAUUUCUUACUCCUUGCUAGAAGACCGCAGUGGAGACCAUCAGUAUUUCCAUAUCGACCCAGAGCUGGGAUUCAUCUACACUCAGGCUGUGUUUGACAGAGAGACCAAAAGCUCAUACUUGUUGGAAGUUCAGUCUGUGGAUGGCUGGGAGUCAGCACGGCCUGGCAAGCAUGGGCAACCCAACUCUGACACAGCAUAUGUUCGUGUUUUUAUCAGCGAUGUGAACGAUAACAAGCCCAUGUUUGGACAGGCAUCCUAUGAAGUUGAUGUGGACGAGGACGCUGACGUGGGCUUUGCUAUUCUUACAGUCAGUGCCAAUGAUGAGGACGAAGGUGGAAAUGCCAAGCUGCGUUACCAGAUCACCUCAGGAAAUUCAGGUGGGGUGUUUGAUGUCGAGCCAGAGGUGGGCACAAUUUUCAUUGCUCAGCCACUGGACUAUGAACUAAACAAAAGGUACAAGCUUCAUGUCCUGGCUUCUGAUGGAAAAUGGGAAGAUUAUACAACAGUGACCGUAAACGUGGUGAACAAGAAUGAUGAGGCACCAGUCUUCACAGUUAAUGAGUACUACGGCAGCGUAACAGAGGAGCUGGAUGGUUCACCCGUGUUUGUCUUGCAGGUGACAGCAUCUGACCCAGAUAAGGAUGCUGACCAAGAGGCCCUGCGCUACUCCCUCCAUGGUCAGGGUGCAGAGAGUGAAUUUAUAAUUGAUGAGGUUACGGGAAAGAUUUAUGCCCAGCGGACAUUGGACCGUGAAGAGCGCGCUGUUUGGCGUUUUGUUGUCCUGGCAACAGAUGAGGGUGGUGAGGGUCUAACAGGCUUCACAGAUGUCAUCAUCAAUGUUUGGGACAUUAAUGACAAUGCACCCAUCUUCCCCUGCGCUCUCAGUUGCCACGGAGAUGUAGCAGAGAACUCUGUUUCUGGGACUUCUGUUAUGGAGAUGAGUGCAACCGAUCUGGAUGACUCAGCAGUGGGACAAAAUGCUGUUCUGUCUUACAGGAUAGUGGGUAGUUUGGAUGCCACGAACGUCGAGUUAGGAGGAAUUCCUACCUUCUCAGAAAUGUUCACUAUCAACCCCACCACAGGAACUAUUGCUGUAGGGAUUGGUGGUCUGGACAGAGAACAGGUUGAGUCCUACCUCCUUGUUGUAGAGGCCAGAGAUGGGGGAGGAAUGACAGGAACUGCAACUGCAACCAUUCAGAUCAAGGAUAUGAAUGACCAUGCUCCAAGAUUCAUUGAUCACUCCUGCCUGGCACGGAUCUCUGAGAAUGCAGAACCCAAUGCAGAGGUCUUGGAACUGACUGCAGAAGAUUGGGACACUGGAGAAAAUGCCCAGCUGACCUUUAGUGUUGUGGCUGGAGAUCAAGAACAGAAAUUUUACAUGGUCAGUCUCAAACAGGAACAGCGGGGCAUCUUGAAGCUCAAGAAACGUUUGGACUAUGAAAGACACAGUGAGCAGAGGUUCAACCUCACACUUAAGGUUGAAGACCUGGACUUCUCAAACUUUUUGCACUGUGUGGUUGAAGUGGAGGACUACAAUGAUCAUCCUCCUGUUUUUAUUCCACACUUUCUGGCUCUUGCCCCCCUUCCUGAAAAUGUCAUUGUGGGAACCAGUGUGGCUCAUCUGGUGGCCAGUGACUCAGACUCAGGCCAGAACCAAGAUAUCACCUUCGGCCUGUCAAAGGGCUCAGAUCCUGAUGGUCUGUUCACUAUUGACCAGUCUGGUGUACUUUCAGUGGCUCGUCCACUGGAUCGAGAGAAAACAUCCCAGCAUACCUUAGUUGUCAUAGCAACUGAUCAUGGGAUUCCACCUUUAACAGGCAGUGCCACAGUUCAGCUGCCUUUGUUGGAUGUAAAUGACAAUGGACCAGAGUUUGAGGCAGCCUACUCCCCCAUAGUGUUUGAGAAUGCGGCUGGACCACAGGUAGUAAGGUUGAACCAAACAUCAAGGCUGCUCCUAGCUAUGGACAAGGACUCCCCUGAAAAUGGGCCUCCCUUUCAUUUCACAUUACCCCCGGAGUAUCGCUACAGCAAUGAUUUCUACCUUCAGGACAACUUGAAUGGAACAGCAACACUAACAGCUUUGAGGACAUUUGACCGUGAGCGCCAGAAAGAGUUUCUCCUUCCUAUAAUUAUGAGUGACAGUGGUCAUCCAGCCAAAACAGUGACCAGCACCCUAACUGUGACCAUCGGUGAUCAGAAUGAUCAUCCUCAUGUGGCAGGGGAAAAGCAUAUUUCCAUCAAUAGCCAUAAAGGUCGUAUGCCAACAACAGUUCUUGGAAAAGUUUAUGCUCCAGACCCUGAUGAUUGGGACAACAAGACCUAUAUUUUUGAGGGACAUAUGCCAAGUUCCUUCAUCCUAAACAAAAGAACAGGCUUCCUCAUCAUCAAGGAGAACACCCCAACAGGAACUUACCAGUUCCAAGUACGAGUAUCUGAUGGCAUUUGGCCCGAUGCUGUCUCCACUGUUACUGUACAUGUAAGGGAGCUGCGAGAGGAGGCCAUCUUCAACUCUGGGUCCCUCCGUCUGGCAGAUAUUACCUCAAAAGAGUUCCUUGAAUUGAGAGGGAAGCAGCGGAGCCGCUACGAGCUGCUGGUGGACUUUCUGUCUGAGAUGCUUUCUGUUCCACCGGGUGACGUUAACAUCUUCAGCCUAAUGGAUGUGAAGGAGCGAAUGUUGGAUGUUCGAUUUGCUGUGCAAGGUGGCCCCUCCUUCCUCCAACCAGAGAAAAUGCAUGGGUAUUUGGCUGCCCACAAACAAAAGCUCCAGUCAUUCCUGCAAGUCACUGUUUUCCAAAUCCGUAUAGAUGAGUGCCAUAGUUCAGAGUGCAAUGGUGCAGGUGGCUGCACCAACGUUUUAAAUGUGCGAGACACACCUACAGUGGUGGAUUGUGGAACUAUGAGUCUAGUAUCUGUGACGGUGGACUCCACAGCUGUGUGCUCGUGCCCAGGUAGAGAGCAGUCCCAUCAGUCCUGCGCCACAUAUCCCAGAAAUCCAUGCUUCAAUGGAGGCGUCUGUGUGGACACUCAACAUGGCUACAGGUGCCAAUGCCCAGCUCAGUUUGAGGGACCUGAAUGCCAACAGAACAAGCACAGUUUCCAUGGCAAUGGCUAUGCCUGGUUUCCUCCUUUGAUGCCUUGCUUUGAGAGCCAUGUGUCGCUGGAGUUCAUCACAGACGUGGCUGAUGGACUGCUGCUGUACAGCGGCCCGCUCGCCCAGCUGCAAACCUGGGACCACGAGGACUUCAUGGCCUUAGAGCUAAUAGAUGGAACCCCCACCUUAAAAAUCAACCAUGGCUCCGGCACUCUGGUGCUUCAGUUGCCAGGGAACGUCAACGUUGCAGACAGGCGCUGGCAUCGACUGGAUGUUCGCAGCAACAGCAAGGAAGUACGUUUUACUUUGGAUCGAUGCUCGGGGGCUGCAGUAAUGGAAAUGGAAGGUCUGGGCAGCUGGUUGACCACUGAAGACCACUCCUCCUGUGAAGUGACAGGUCUUACACCAAGCACUGACAGACACCUGAACAUGAGUCAAGUGCUCCAACUUGGUGGUGUGAACGAGGACAUCCCCUACAUCUACCCUCAGCUUCAACACAAACACUUCACAGGCUGCAUCCGAAACCUCAUUGUGGACAGCAAGCUAUAUGAUUUGGGCUCCCCGGCUGAGUCCCAGUCCAGCUCUCCUGGCUGCCUGACCACAGACAGCAGCUGUGUCAACAUGGGCUAUCCGUCCUGUGGCCAUCGUGGUCGAUGUCAUGGUGAGUGGGGCUCCUUCAGCUGCCAGUGUGUUGCCGGAUACAUGGGCCACCAGUGUGAAGAAGAGGUCCCAGAGUACUCCUUUGAUGGCCACAGUCAUGCUCGUUACCAGCUGGCAAUGCCACUGUCUGCUCGAAGAACAUGGGUCCGAGUUCUGGUUCGGACAAGAAAACACAGCAGCAUCAUCUUCAAUCUAGUCUCCAGAGAGCAGAAAGAGUACUUACGUCUGGAGAUCUUUCAGGGCCUCCUUUGUGUUUUCUACAACCUUGGGGAUGGAGAUUACAACCUAACGUUACCCAACUACCGUCUGGACAAUGGUGAAUGGCAUGAGGUCCUCUUUGAUCGCCAUGACAACGAGAUGAUGCUGAGGCUUGAUGGUGGUGGUGGACAACGGGAGGUGACAGGAUCACGAGGCAGAAGUCGAGAAAUCAUUAUUGACCCCUCUGCUGUGAUGCUGGGAAACACUAUUCCCUCUGGAAUCAACAUGAGCUUCCAAGGCUGCAUGAGGGAUGUUCGCCUCAAUGGUCGUUACAUGCCACUGGACAGCCAGCCACGGGAUGGGGUUUCCCAGGUCAGCGUGCAGGGACUCUCCAAAGGUUGCUCCUCUGACUCCUGCAGAAAGAACCAAUGUAGCCCCCCCUUCACCUGCGUUGACCUGUGGAGAGUGCAUGAAUGCAGGUGUCCACCUGGUCACAUAAUCCGUGUGAAUGGGACCAGAAAGUCCUGUGUUUAUACCUUGUGUGCUACACGGCCUUGUCACCGUGGGACCUGUGUCGCCCAGUCACCCUCCAAAUUCACCUGCCACUGCCCUGAGGGUUACAGAGGACAGCACUGUGAGACAACCCUGGCAAUUUACAGGGAGGAGGUGGGCCUGAGCUUCAGCUCCCUCUUUGCCAUCUGCAUCUGCUUCAUGGCAUUAUUGGUGUUGCUGCUGGGCAUUUUCCUCUACACUCGCUGGAGGUCCUACAAAGGGCUGAAGGAGGGCGUGUACCACGUGUCUGCGCAUCACGACGGGUGGGAGGACAUCCGAGAGAACGUGCUCAACUACGACGAGGAGGGAGGCGGGGAGGAGGACCAGAACGCCUACGACAUGGCAGAGCUGCAGAAGUCCCUCCAGCCGAGCCCGGCCCAGUCGGUCCAGUACUGCCGCUCCAGAGCCCUGCACCACCCACCACCUUCCCACCACCACCACCUCCACCAUGGGUCCCUGGCCCCACCCUCUGCUCAGACUCUGGACCCGCUCAGUCGUACAUCCAGCUCAACGACGCUGCCCCCCUCUGCCGCCUCCACGUCUUCCACCACAACGACCAGUCUCCGCAGGGACGUGCCCCCCACCAGGCCUCCAGCCCAAGGCCAGGCGCGCCCCCCUCAGCUAGCACGGCGCUCCCUGUCAUUUUCCAGCCAGGAUCUGGCUCGCUACCUGUGUGAGAUCAUCCGGGAUGCUGACCAGCACCCAGAUUCUGGGCCUUUUGACUCGCUGCAGGUGUUCUCCACCGAGGGAGGGGGCUCACCUGCUGGCUCCCUCAGCUCCUUCAGCUCGGCAGGACUGGAUGGAGGGAGCUCAGGGGACGGGGGAGGGGAGGCGAGGAGAGAGGAGACACUUGGAGAGUGGGGGCCUCGCUUUGAGAAGCUGCGGGCGCUGUAUGAGCGAGCCGAGACCAGCGACCUCUGA